CUCAUUCCACAACUAAGGCAUGAUCCUUCUGUGGAACCUCCCUACACCUUUGGACAAAUCGACGAAGAAGCCAUACACAACGAAGUCAUCAGGAUCUACAACGACGCUCGAAAAGACACCCGAAUCAUGUAUGAACUUGGUCGCGACCGCGACGGCGACCAUGAAGAAAACUGGAUUAUCAGAUGGCUUCUCUGGCACGUGUUUCGUUACCGGGAUGAUAGG